UCUGGCUCCCAGUCUUCCUCGGCGCAUGUUUCCCCUCUGAGCUUGCUCAUGUCAUGACACAGUGCAGCGAAGGAUCGAAGUGGUCCCGUCUAACGUCACGGGAACUCCAAAGCCGAGGACUCUUCUCCAGUGCUUUCAGUUUGGUUACAUGAAAUAUGCUAUGUUCGCAGGACUGCACUGUUCUUUUUCUGCUGCACUUUGUUUUGAUUUUGGCAGCUGGCCACGAAGGAAUCGUCUCUGGCAGUUUCCUCUCCUUCUUUGCAGAACAAGGUCAGUUGUCAGAGUCCGAUCCAUCUAUUGUCCACCCAGUAAAAACCAGCGCUGAUGGAGGGUUCAUCUCCCACUCUUUGUCUCACCACUUCAAGGGUGGAAGAAUCAGGCGUGACGUGCAGUCCCAUUCUCCAGAGAGACAGGUUUACUACAAGGUCAUCUUCAAGGGAAAAACUUUAAUGUUCAAUUUGACUGCAAACAAUCACCUGGUUUCAAAUGACUACAUCCUGGAGAGGAGAGAUGGCAGUGCCAACAGGACCGAGCACCGUCUUUCUGAUGGCAAUUCCUGCCACCUUCUUGGCACUGUGGAAACCUCUGAUGUGCGAGGAACUGCUGCUAUCAGCACCUGCAGUGGGCUGAGAGGUUUCUUCUCCUUGCCAGAGGGACACUAUUUUAUAGAACCCGUCCAGAAAUCUUCUGAUGAUCAUACAGGGAGUCCAGAGCCCCACAUUGUCUAUCCAAGAGUUUCUACACAAAGUCAAAGAAAAAAAAGGAGCCUUGAGUCCAAAAAGACGCCCAGUUCCUGUGGAGUUCGAGAUGCUCCAGCUGACUCCAUCCAGGUGGAGAGGGAGAGGGAGGAAUGGGAGAGGGAGCAUCGGAGAGGAGAGGACCAGAGUCAGGCGCGUUCACAGCGCUCAGUCAGUAGAGAGCGUUGGGUGGAGACCAUGGUGGUGGCUGACUCAAAACUCAUCCAAUACCAUGGCAGCAAUAAUGUGGAGUCAUACAUCUUCACAAUCAUGAAUAUGGUGGCUGGGAUCUUUCAUGAUGCCAGUAUUGGGAAUGCCAUUCAUGUCAUCUUAGUGCGCCUCAUUUUGCUUCAUGGAGAGGAGAAAGGGUUGAAAAUUGUUCACCAUGCAGACACCACCUUGGCUAGUUUCUGUGCUUGGCAGAAAAAUCUAAAUCCCCAGAGUGACACACACCCGGCUCAUCAUGAUGUGGCUGUGCUGAUUACCAGGAAAGACAUCUGUGCUGGAAUGAAUCAGCCCUGUGAGACUCUGGGUCUGUCUCAUCUGUCUGGGAUGUGUCAACCCCACCGCAGCUGCAACAUCAAUGAGGAUUCGGGCCUACCUGUCGCCUUUACAGUAGCUCAUGAAAUGGGCCACAGCUUUGGAAUUCAUCACGAUGGCCAGGGGAACGACUGCGAGCUGGAGGGGAGGCAUCCGUUUAUCAUGUCCAGACAGCUGAUGUAUGACAGCUCGCCUCUCACUUGGUCUUCCUGCUCCAAAGAAUACAUCACACGCUUCCUUGACCGUGGUUGGGGUUUCUGUCUGGAUGAUCGUCCUUCCAAGAGGGACUUAACUACCCCGCUGGCACGCCUCGGCGUCCGCUACACCACACACCACCAGUGCCAGCUUCAGUAUGGACCAAAUGCUACCUUCUGCGCUGAGGUUGAUAAUGUUUGUCAGAUUCUUUGGUGUUCAGUGAACGGUUCUUGCCGCUCUAAGCUGGAUUCGCCCAUAGACGGUACUCGCUGUGGACCAGAGAAGUGGUGUAUCUCAGGAGAGUGUGUGAUUGUGGGUAAACUCCCAGAGACAGUGAAUGGAGGCUGGGGACAGUGGAGUACCUGGUCUUACUGCACCAGGACCUGCGGUAUUGGAGUUCAGUCAGCAGAGAGGGAAUGUAACAACCCCAAACCUGAGUUUGGGGGCAAGUACUGUACCGGUGAAAGAAAGCGCUACCGCACCUGUAACACAAAACCCUGUCAGAAUAAUAUACCAACUUUUCGAGAGAUGCUGUGCAGUGAGUUUGAUACUGUGCCUUACCACAACGAGCUCUACCAGUGGAUCCCUGUGGCAAACUCAUUAAAUCCCUGUGAGCUCCACUGUCGUCCAGUCAGCCAGUAUUUUUCUGAGAAGAUGUUUGACACCGUGACAGACGGAACACCGUGCUUCAUGAACAACAAGUCCAGAAACAUCUGCGUUAACGGCGUGUGCAAGGAGGUUGGCUGCGACUACGCCAUAGACUCAAACGCAGUGGAGGAUCGUUGCGGAGUCUGUUUGGGCGACGGCACAAGCUGUGAGACAGUUUAUAAGUCAUUUGAUGAAGAAGAGGGCUUUGGGUACGUGGAUGUGGGUGUAAUACCUGAGGGGGCACGGGACAUCCUGAUAAAGGAAGUGGUGGAGGCAGGAAACUUCCUGGCUCUGAGAAGCGUGGGGUCAGACGAGUACUUUCUCAACGGGAACUAUAUCAUCCAGUGGAAUGGGGAGUAUGAGGCCGGUGAGACGACAUUCUUCUAUGAGCGCAGCGGGAACAUGGAGAACCUCACUGCUCCUGGACCUACCAAGCAGCCAGUCAUGCUUCAGUUGCUGUUUCAGGAGAAGAAUCCAGGUAUAAAGUACGAGUACACCAUUAAGAAGACCAAAGAAACAGAAAAUGAGAUCCUUGAACCUAUUUACAGAUGGAGACAAGGGGCAUGGACAGACUGCAGCACCACCUGCGGCUUAGGUGAGCAACACCAGCCCGUGCGCUGUUUUGAGGUGGAUGUGGGCGUAGUGGAUGAGUCUCUGUGUGACCCGGACAGCCGUCCAGAAGACAGACACCGGAAGUGUAAGAAUAUGGAUUGUCCUGCAAGGUGGUGGGUUGGGGGUUGGCAGCAGUGUACAACCACCUGUGGCUCAGAUGGGCUGAGGAAACGAACGGUUCUCUGUGUCCGCACAGUUUUCGGAGAAGAAAGAGUGCUCCACCCGGUGGAAUGCAAGCAUCUCCUAAAACCAAAGCCUGUGGUGCCGUGCAACAGGGAUGUACCCUGUGGACAGGAGUGGGCUGCUGGCAGCUGGGAAGAAUGCCCUGUCACAUGCGGAGGAGGUGUUCGCUCCCGCAUAGUCACCUGCGCGCUGGCACCCAAAAAGACCUGUGACCCCUCAACUAAACCUAGGUCCAGAUCACUGUGUGGCUUGCAGAGCUGCCCUAACUCAAGCCUUCAUAGACGGCCCGGGGCCCCCCCUAAAUACCGCCACACAAACGUGCCUAAGAUUCACUCCACUAAGCAUCCUGGUUCUCCAUCAUGGAAUCCCAUUAUCACCACGGCCACAGCUGCACCUACAGCUGCUAUCACUACAAGCAGCAAGCAAAUUACAACUGCUCCCAUCCCUACCACGAGCUCCCUUUCAACCCCUGAAAUAAUAAACACAGAUGAUCAUGACUUUAAUAAUAUGAUAAGGAAAAAUGAGGAUAAGAGAAGGAAGGUUUUCCCAGCUAAAUCCAAACAUGCUGAAAAGGAUGAGAAAGAGAUGGAGGAAGAAGAGGAAGGCAGCACUCCAAAUGUGGUCCUGUUCACCCCAGAAUACAAUUAUGUUGCUGAUCGGACAACAGAGGAGGAGAGGAUUAUUGAUCUAGAUGUUUUUACCACAGCUUCAUCACUGAGAAAUCCUGUUAAAUUGACCACAACAGCACCACACUCACACAUCACACCCACUCCCCAAGCAAGUCCUCUUACAGUGCACAAAACCAGAGAACCUACCACAUCUACAUACUCCACCCCACACACCAGCACUGAAAGGUGGGCAAAAACCACUUACUUUUUACACAACCCCCACACCACCUCACAGAUUAAUCUCCUCUGGACACACCAGGUCCCGCUGACCACUCCCAUGCACAAGAACCACUCAAUCACAUCAAAAACUGGUUUCCAAACAAAACCAGCAGCUUCUACACUGGCAAGCAAACUAUCCACCACUGCAGCAUUGCCACAGCCCACAUUAAAGAUGAAUAAAAUGAAGAAGCUUGUAACCAGUUCUGUAUCUCGUGCUAAAAAGCCUACGUCCAGGGACAAAGGUAGUCGCUCCAAGAGCCAAAAGCAGCGAUCAGGACAUCACAAGAACAGCUCAGAAAGUGACAGAAGCAGCCCGAUGCCCACGGAGCCCGUCACCAUCAGUGUAUUCUGGGUUGUAGGAAACUGGAGUGAGUGUUCAACGACAUGCGGGAUCGGAGCAAUAUGGAGGACAGUCAAGUGCAGCUCCCAGAAUGAUGAGGACUGUGCCAACGUGAAGAGACCUGAGCCUGCUCGUACAUGUCACCUGCAGCCCUGUGCCACCUGGCAAAGUGGCAGCUGGAGCAAGUGUCCGGAUGUUUGUGCGGUGGUGGGAAGGAGGUACCGUGAUGUCCAGUGUGUUGAUUCUCAGAGUAAACGUCCUCUGAGACCUUUUCAUUGUCAAGCUCUGUCCAGCAGACCCCUUAGCACCUUAAUUUGUCCCCACAAGCCCUGUAUGAGCUGGAGUGCAUCACCCUGGGGACCGUGUUCUGGCAGCUGUGACAAAGGUGUCAGAGAGCGACUGGUGUACUGCCCUGAGCCUCAUCGCUGUAGCAACACACUGAGGCCAAACAGCACAGAGUCGUGCAGUUUAAAACCGUGUACUCGGUGGAAGACUGAGGACUGGGAGAAGUGCUCUGUAAGUUGUGGUGGGGGCCAGCAACAGCGUGCCAUCAACUGUGUAAGCGAGAAGGAUUUGGCUAUAAUGCCAAACAGCCUCUGUGAGACGAUUUCCAAACCAGAAACACUCAGGAAGUGUAAUAUGCAGGAAUGCAAGACAAACAAAGGUCCAGUCUGCAAGAAAAACACCAUGUCCUCUCGCUUCUGUGACAAGCUGAAGCUGUUGGGUCGCUGCUCUCUCAGGUCGGUUCAGAAACAGUGUUGUGCCACCUGUGGGACAUAGCCAGGGCUCAAUGCAUCCUAACCAGAAUACUUACUGUAUCCUCCUGAAUCACUCCUAUAAAGCCAUGCCAUCCACAGAGGAAGAGACCAAAGUGUUAAUGAGCUCUUCAACAAUCAACACAAGUGAACCUGGGUUAACUAUAACUUUUUUUUUUUUUUUAACACAUAUUUGGGGUUUUGUAACUUUUUUUUGCUUGGAAACUCAGCAAGAAAACAAGCCAAAGCACUGAUGGUGAAAACACAUUUGGACUGAUACAAAUAUUAGAGAUGUUCGGUGUCAGAAGAAAUGCUUAAGGUAUACAAUUUGAAAUAUUGUUAAAUUUAUUACAUUUAAUAUUUUUUUAAGGGCAUCGUGCAAAAUUUGCCACACAGUGAAUGCUUCUUAAAAUAAAAUAACUUAGUCAGUACAUACUUAACAGAAAAAAAUUUUAAAAUCUAAAUUACUGAUUUAAAAGAUAAUUCAGAAGCACAAUUCAGAUGUUACACACUGUACACCUACAAAUUUUUCACACAUGAACUUGGUUGCAGUCAUUGUCUGAAGUUGUCCUUUCUCACACAAACAUUAUGGAGACAGACAGUGACCUGCACUAUUCAUGCACAGGCUUAAUUGAACAUCAUGUGGACUUUGUACUGUGGAGCUGGUGAGGUAAAGACACUUUAAUGUCUUUUCAUUUUAAUUCGCUCACGCACAACUGCCGUGGGUAAUUUCUAGAAACAUUCAGGCUUGCAGUUCAUGUGUGAAAACAGCUUAAGUUGAUUUAUACUUUUCACAUAUUAAUUUCUUUUCUUUUCCUGCUUGAACAUGCAUUUUUGUUCUGAGCUGGCACUGGAUGUUUACAUUAUCAUUGGUACAUGUGCCUUCUGCUUUAGUCAUUGUUGUUACAAUUUUAAACAAUAAUUAAAUCAGCUACAGCAUUUGCACGAUCCUGCAGACAAACCUGUGGUGCUCCUCGUCUGGUGUGAGAUUUACCAAUGAGAAAGAGGUGUUGCAGGUCAUCCCUCUCAGGUCAUUCUAAAGUUGGCCACUGUGUUUAAUGUGAUGUUGUACAGGCAUUAGCAUUGCCAUGCACAGGGUGUGUCACCUUGACUGAUUUGUCCUUAGCAUGGCUCCAUCAAUAAAUGUGACGAUAAACAAUAUUUGUAAUGAAAUUGCUUUGUUUUUGUUUGUUUUAUUUUUACUUUCAGCAUGUUGGUAUGCUGUUGUCAGACUUGUCUGGGAGAGUUUCAUUCCAUCCAAACCUUUAUAAGAUUCAUUAUCUUGUUCAGGUUGGAUGCCAGAAACAUCUAUUUGUAAAUUUACAAGUAAAAAUAAGAAUAUUAAAACCCAAUUCAGCCUUCAGGACCAUUCUUUCCAUAACUGACUUCUGCUUUGGGACCUUUUGCGUUGACAAGGUCAUUCUCACCUGAAAGCACCACAUGCUGAUGGAUGUAUAACACCUAAAUCAGCAGCGCCAAGCUCUGUUUCAGGGAUUGGGUUCAGCUGGCCCAGAUUUACUGGGCUCCUCUGUGCCAGAUAACUUGACACGAAUGGACUUUGCCCUGCUAUGAGCACCAUGCGGAUGUCAUUCAAGCCAGAGACCAUGAGUUAGUCAGCAGUAAUGGAAGGAGUAACACAAUACAGGGUCAGUGUGGAGCAUUGUGCCCUAAAAUCCGCAAGUGUGUGUGUGUGUGUGUGUGUGUGUGUG